GACAGACUUCCCUUCCAGAACGAGGAGAAAGAACUCCAGAGGGAAAACAGGGCGAAAAUCCGAAGGGAGAAGAGGAAAAGGCGAAGGAAAUGGCGGACACACCGAGCAAGAUUGAAUCCAUGAGGAAGUGGGUCAUCGAGCACAAGCUCCGAGCCGUAGGUGGCCUCUGGCUCACUGGGAUCAGCAGUUCAAUCGCGUACAACUGGUCGCGGCCCAAUAUGAAGCCCAGCGUCAAGAUCAUCCACGCAAGGUUGCAUGCGCAGGCUCUAACCCUGGCUGCAUUGGUUGGUUCUGCAUGUGUGGAGUACUAUGACCAGAAAUAUGGUUCUUCUGGACCAAAGGUGGACAAAUACACAAGCCAAUACCUGGCGCAUUCGCAUAAAGAUUAAGAUCGCCAUGCUCGUUCCUGCAUACCGGAUUAAUUUUGGGUUCAUUUCUGGGUGCCCAUGAGCUAUGUCCCUGGAUGCCGGAUGGUUAUUCUUUUUGUCUCCUUAAUUGCAAAAUGAUAGUACUUGUUCCUGGGAAAUGACAAUGAGGGUGUAAUACAGAUAUUAUCUUCAUAAUUUAGCCUCAGGUUGCAUUGUGUAACCUCACAUUGUUGACAGUCUUGGAUAUUAUUAUCCUUUACAAGAAAAAAAGGAGAGAAUUGCUGAUUUGCACCGAAACUGUAUGAGUUCCCUAUGUCGUGUGUUGGGUUCUUUGUUCCUGUGUGCUUGUAUACUAAUGACAAGGCAAAUGCAAAAAUGGUUUUAACGAUGA